CGCCUCCCUCGCUUCCACCUCGCUGCUUUGCUACGGCCGGAGCGGCAGAGCACACUCCGGCGAGGGGGGCCAUGGCGAUGCGGCUCUUCCCGUCCUCGUCUCCGCUCCCGCCGCCGCCGCCUCUGCUCCCGAGCCCCAGCGCGAAGGCACCGCCGUCCGCGCCCUUCUCACUCUCCCUCCGCCUCCGCCGCGCGCGGGUGGCAGCCUCCGCGGCCGCUGCGGCGGGGGGCCCCGAGAGGGGGGCGGGCGGGUACGAGGGGGAUGCGGAAGGCGAGGGCAGCAGCGGGGCGUUCGACAGGGGAAUGUCGGAGAUCGCGAGGAAGGUGCCUCUCUUCGAGCCGGCGAGGGGCGACGCCGCGGCGGUCGCCGGCGAGCGGCCGCUGCCCAUCAACCUCGAGCUCUGGCUCUACCGCGCAAAGGUGCACACGCGGAAGUACGAGUUCGCCGACGCGGAGAAGCUCCUAAACCAGUGCAUCAUGUAUUGGCCGGAAGACGGGCGUCCAUAUGUGGCGCUUGGGAAGCUAUACAGUAAGCAGUCGAGGUUUGACAAGGCUAGAGCGGCUUAUGAAAGGGGUUGCCAAGCGGCACAAGGUGAAAACCCGUAUAUUUGGCAGUGUUGGGCAGUCCUAGAACGCAAAGGUGGGAAUAUUCGAAGAGCACGGGAGUUAUUUGAUGCUGCUACUGUAGCUGAUGCAAAGCAUAUUGCAGCUUGGCAUGGGUGGGCUAUUUUAGAAAUCAAGCAAGGAAACAUUAAAAAGGCUCGAAAUCUACUUGCAAAAGGUCUAAAAUAUUGUGGAGGAAAUGAGUACAUUUACCAGACUCUUGCUCUGCUUGAGGCUAGAGCAGAGCGCUUUGAACAAGCACGAACUUUAUUCCAACAAGCUACCCAAUGCAAUCCCAAAAGCUGUGCAAGUUGGCUAGCAUGGGCUCAGGUAGAAAUUCGUGCAGAAAACAAUGCCAUGGCAAGAAAACUCUUUGAGAAAGCAGUCCAGGCUUGGGGGUGGAUGGAAUGGAAAGAAGGAAACGCCAGAACAGCAAGGACACUGUAUCAAAGAGCUUUGUCAGUUAAUUCAACUAAUGAAUGUGCUGCUCGAUGUCUUCAGGCUUGGGGAGUCCUAGAACAGCGGGCCGGUAACUACACCGCUGCCAGAAGAUUGCUGAGAUCUUCACUGAACAUAAAUUCUCAGAGUGAGGUAACAUGGAUGACAUGGGCUGCACUAGAGGACGAACAGGGUGAUCCAGUUCGAGCUGAAGAAAUACGGAACAUCUAUUUUCAGCAGCGUACCGAGGUUGUGGAUGAUGCCUCCUGGGUCAUGGGCUUCCUCGACAUCAUUGAUCCUGCCUUAGACAGCGUGAAGAAGCUCCUAAACAUAGACCAGCCUUCGGGGCCUGCAACACGAGACAAUCCGAAAAGCACUGGAGAGCCAAGCAAUACAGCUACCGUCCGGACUUCUGCCGAUGCAGAGUUUUCUGGCGGUUCAAGAGCAGAAGGAUCGGACGCUUCGGACCUUGCUAACGCCGAUGACAAGGAGAGCGAUGACGCUGCAGAGACACCAGAGAGCGAUUUCGACGUGGAUGGAUUCAUCAGGAGGCGGCUAGCCCUGGACCCGGCCGAGCUGGACGCGGUGCUUGAGGGUUCUGAUCCCAGGGGAGUUGUUUCCAGGAGGAGGACGCAGAGGUUGCCCAGGAAGCCCCUUCCUCUUCUCCCUGUUCCGUAAAUAUUUCCACUUCAGUUCAACAAUGCACAUUUGCCAUCUACGCCGUGCGAAGCAUCGACCACUAACAGUAACAGGUACCGUGACUCGCGAGAUAGUUGAACAUACAUAUCUGUGUAUAUCUCUCAGAAGAAGAGCGCGGCGGCUGCCAUUAGCAGCCACAUGUUUGUUACUAGAGUUGUUAUUGGUCCACCCAGGUGUAUGUAAUUCUAUCAUUCUUCAGGAGCAGUGUAUCUGUGUACAUAAGCGCAAUCUAUCAAUUUGUAUGUGCUAGUGAAGAAUUCAAAAUCUGCGGAUAUCACUUCAAUC